AUCACGAAUGGGGCUUCACCUUGAAUCACGUCUAUGUGUGUGAUAGCGACAAUCCUCACUCUUGACUCAGACCAACUUUGUUGAUGGUCCAUCGUCGCACAGCUUUGCCACGCCUGCCACGCUAAAUCCUGUGCUGACUCUCCACAGAAGCAUAAACGACCGGCGGUUCUCAGACGAACCCUCACACUGCAAGGACUCGGCGAGCGAACGAUUUUUGCAUUUCAUCAUGUCUUACGAGUCGAUUCGACGAACAGUACGCUCGCUAGAGUCGCGCAUAGACGCAGCAUUGACAUCAUCCAGCUCUACAGAUCUCGAAGCAGCAGCAGGCACAGGCUCCGGCUCGGCACAUAGCGUUCCCGCCCUCUUGGCAGAUCUUAGAAGGUGCAACUCUCAAUUAUCUGCUUCUUUGGGAACACACCCUUCCGCGGCUCAGUUGGCAGCGGUUAGGAGACAUCACGAGGUUGUGGAGGACUAUGAGAGGGAGUGGGCUAGAGUGGAAAAGAGGCGGGAUAGGAGAGAUGUGCUGGAGGGCGUCAGGGGCGAUAUCAGCGCGUACAAGAGCCGUCAAGCUACAGCAGAGGCUUCUCUGCUGAAUGAGAGGGACAGGAUAUCAAAUUCGCACUCGAUGAUCGAUAGCAGCUUGGAACAAGCCUAUGCAACCAGAGCAAACUUGGCACAGCAGAGGAGCGUCAUUCAAAACGCCACUUCCAGGUUGCAGUCCACCGCAGCCCAGAUUCCAGGCCUCAACACGAUCAUCACGCGGAUUAAUAGAAGGCGAAAGAGGGAUAGCGUCAUCAUGGGUUGCGUACUGGGAGCAUGUGCCUUGCUCUUACUCUGGAGAUGGUUUGGUUAGAAGCCGCGAAGGACAGAGGCAGCCUUUGGCAAUACAAUCUGCCAUGCGUCCGGGUCAAGACUUUGGAGUGGGAGUAGGCAAGUGAUGACAUUGAUUGCUUCACAUUUGGGUGGUG